AUCAUAAAUUCGGUCUUUGACUUUUCCUUCGCUUGACUUGCUAAGAGUCUUUCUUCUCCAUUGUAAAGCUUCAAUAUUAUCUGAUUUUUUUUGGUGCAAUAGAAAACUAAAAACUUAUUAAUUCUCUCAACCAAAUGGAUCAACUGAUUAGAUUCUCGAUAAUCUCCUUCUUCUUGCUAGGGUUUUCAGUUCUCACCGGAGCACAAUCCGACCCAGCCACUUAUCUCUAUCAUAUUUGCUCAAACACAACCGCUUUCACUCCGAACAGCACCUACCAGUCCAACCGCAACCUCCUCUUCACCGCUCUUACCUCCAACGCAAGCCGCCCAAUCGGGUUCUACAGCGUCUCCACCGGCCGGGAUCCCGACGAUGUAUACGGUUCAUUUCUCUGCCGGGGUGAUGUUUCGCCGGAUGCGUGCCGAAGUUGUGUCACUUUAGCCACUCAGGAAACUGUGGAACGUUGCCCCAUCGAAAAAAAAGUCAUAGUAUGGUACGAUCAGUGCCUCCUACGUUAUGAUAACCAAUCAUUUUUCUCCAGAAAUGACGAGUCACCUGUGGUAUACUUGUGGAACACGCAGAAUGUCUCGGGGACGGACCCUGGUCGGUUUAAUACUCUGUUAGCCGGCGAUAUGAGAGCGGCGGCUACGGCAGCAGCCGGUGCUCCGUCGGGAGCUAAGAAAUUUGCUGUCAGAGAAGCUAAUAUAUCAGCGUUUCAGACACUGUACAGCCUUGUACAGUGUACGCCUGAUUUAUCCACUUCUGAUUGUAGCUUGUGUAUUCAGGCGGCGAUUUCACAGUUGCCGAGUUGUUGUAAUGGAAAGCAAGGAGGGAGAGUUUUGUCACCUAGCUGUAAUAUUCGUUACGAAAUUUAUUCAUUUUAUAACUCCACAGCUCUAAAGCCGCCGCCGCUGCCGCCAUCUCCGCCGCCGCCGAUUCUUCCUCCUCCACCUCCGUCGCCAGAAACAGAAGGAAAGGGUGGCAUAUCAACAGUUGUAAUAGUAGCCAUUGUUGUACCAAUUGUUGUCUUUCUUGUGCUUUUCUGUCUGGGCUGCUGUUUCUUGAAGAGACGAGCGAAAAAGAAGUAUGAUGUUGUUCAGGAAGAUGACGUUGGAAAUGAUAUUACAACUGCGGAAUCCUUGCAAAUUGAUCUGAAUAAAAUAGAAUCCGCUACAAAUAAUUUCUCUGCUGACAACAAGCUCGGUGAAGGCGGAUUUGGUACAGUUUACAAGGGUGUUUUUCCUAACGGGCAAGAAAUAGCCGUAAAGAAGCUAUCGAAAAACUCUGGACAAGGCGGAGAAGAAUUUAAGAAUGAGGUAGUAUUGUUAGCUAAGCUUCAGCACAGAAAUCUGGUGAGACUGAAAGGAUUUUGCCUUGAAGGAGAAGAAAAGAUACUCAUCUACGAAUUUGUGCCGAAUAAAAGUCUCGAUUACUUUCUUUUUGAUCCGGAGAAGAACCUGCAGCUCGAUUGGUCUAGACGUUACAAAAUAGUUGGAGGAAUAGCCCGAGGGAUUUUGUAUCUUCACGAAGACUCGAGACUUAAAAUCAUUCAUCGUGAUCUGAAAGUUAGUAACAUUUUAUUAGACAAAGAUAUGAAUCCAAAAAUUUCAGAUUUUGGUAUGGCCAGGAUUUUUGUAGUUGAUCAAACUCAAGCAAGCACAAAUAGAAUUGUUGGGACAUAUGGAUAUAUGUCUCCGGAAUAUGCAAUGCACGGACAAUUCUCUGUCAAGUCCGACAUGUACAGCUUCGGUGUAUUAGUUCUUGAGAUUGUAUGUGGAAAGAAGAACAGUUCUUUCUAUCAAGUGGAGGGUGCUAAUGACCUUGUGAGCUAUGUAUGGAAACAUUGGAGAGACGGUACACCAAUGGAAGUAUUAGAUCCAACUCUAAAAGAUUCAUAUUCAAGAAAUGAAGUGUUGAGAUGCAUACAAAUAGGGUUGCUUUGUGUGCAAGAGGAUCCAGCAGAUAGACCAACAAUGGCAACAGUAGUACUAAUGCUUAAUAGUUUUUCUGUAACUCUACCAGUGCCACAACAUCCAGCAUUUUUUCUCCACAGCAGAACAGAUCCAACCAUGCCUAUGAAGGGCUUGGAGUUGGAUAAAUCUAAUUCCGAGUCUACUACAAAGUCUAUGACCACAUCCGUGCAAUUGUCCGUCGAUGAGGACUCGAUCACUCAAGUACUACUGGACUUUUCUUGAUCUAUCCGAUUGGUCAAGGCCACCAUUUUUUAUGUAUUAAGAUUGCAAAAUUUUGUAUUGUAUUUUCUUUUAGUUACCGUACUUUUAUUUGUUU